AUGGCGGACCUCACGGUGUGCGCGUUCCUCACCAAGGUGCUGUGUGCUCACGGCGGCCGCAUGUUCCUGCAGGACCUGCGCGGCCACGUGGAGCUGUCGGAGGCGAAGCUGCGGGCGGUGCUGCGGCGCGCGGGCCCCGAGCGCUUCCUGCUGCAGGAGGUGGAGCUGCGCGACGGCCCGUGGGACCCGGAGGCCGAGGUGGCGGUGGGCGCGGGCUCGGGCUCGGGCGGCGGCGCCACGGCCUGCAGGGUGGUGGCCGUGUCCUCCGCCCGCCUCUGUGCCCGCUAUCAACGCGGGGAGUGCCAGGCCUGCGACCAGCUGCACUUGUGUCGCCGUCACAUGCUGGGCAAGUGCCCCCACCGCGACUGCUGGUCUACCUGCGCUCUGUCCCAUGAUAUCCACACUCCUGUCAACAUCCAAGUCCUGAAAAGUCGCGGCCUUUUUGGCCUCAAUGAAGCGCAGCUUCGAAUCCUGCUUUUGCAGAAUGACCCCUGCCUUUUCCCAGAGGUCUGUUUGCUGUACAACAAAGGUGGUGACGUCCUUUAUGGCUACUGCAACCUCAAGGAUAAAUGCAACAAGUUUCACGUCUGCAAAAACUUUGUCCGGGGCGAAUGCACCCUGAAGACCUGCAAGCGGUCCCACCAACUCAUUCACCCUGCCACCCUGAAGUUGUUAGAGGACCAGGAACUGAGUGCUUCAAGUGUCGUGAAUUUCCAGAUAAUCUCUGUCUACAAACACGCAAAGCUGCACAAGAUGCUUGAAGAUAAAGACAGCGCGACCUCUGCUGGGCACUCACAAGGCGUCGAGAAGCAAGGGGCUCCUGGGGCUCCUGGGGCUGGGGCUCCAGAAGCCAGGCCUCUGGCCCCUGCCCCUGCUCAAUCGCCCAGGAAGCCCCAGUAA